AUGGCAGGUGCACAGAUCAAUAUCAUAAUUCCAUAUCGGUUACAGUGGGAAUUAAAUGAUACGUUGCUGCUUUGGAAAGAUUUGGAGGAAUACCAUAAUAUCAACUUUAUUCGUUAUAAUAUUACAACUGCGGAAAUUUUUUCAAAAUGGCUACCAACAUCCAACUGUCAUGGUGUAUGGAUAACUGAAGCGUUUUGUAAUAUUCUCGGUGGAUCAAGUCCCUUUCUAAAAGAUUUCCCAUCGACUUUACGGGUUAUGCUAGUUCUAUGGGUAGACGUAGAUUAUGUUUUAAAUUCACAAGAGAUUUAA